AUGGCGAACCGAACAGAGGAAACAGAGCACGACACCGUUUUGCGGCCAAGUAACAAAGAAGGGAUCUCAGAUCUGAUGUUGAAAAGGCCUAUACGGUGGCUGAGAAUGCUCAUCGAAGAGCUUCACUGGAGCUUCUUCUUCGGUGUGAUUAUCGUCUAUGGAGUUAGCCAAGGGCUUGGCAAGGGUCUUAGUAAAGUCAGCACGCAGUACUACUUCAAAGACGAGCAGAUGAUACAGCCUUCUGAUGCUCAGGUUUACGUUGGUUUGAUUCAGAUUCCUUGGAUCAUCAAACCGGUUUGGGGUCUUUUGACCGAUGUUGUUCCGGUUCUUGGUUACAGGAGGCGACCCUAUUUCGUAUUCGCUGGUGUUCUUAGUAUGGUGUCUAUGAUGGUGUUAUCGCUGCAAAAGAAUCUGCAACUUGGACUGGCGUUGUCCUGUCUUGUGGCGGGAAGUGCUGGAGUAGCUAUAGCUGAUGUGACUAUUGAUGCUUGUGUAACACAGCUUAGUAUAAGCCAUCCUACGCUUGCUGCAGAUAUGCAGAGUCUGUGUGGUUUGAGUUCGUCUAUUGGAUCCUUGGUUGGUUUCUCACUUAGUGGCGUUUUGGUUCACUUGUUUGGGUCCAAGGGUGUGUACGGUUUACUUGGUUUGACUGCAGGAUUGAUUGUUGUGGUUGGGUUGCUUUUGAAAGAAUCUCCUUCCCGUAGUCCAGGUCGCAAGCAUGUGAAUGAGAAGUUUAUAGAUGCCGGAAGUGCAAUAUGGAAAACCUUUCAGUAUGGUGAGGUGUGGCGCCCAUGCUUGUUCAUGCUGUUGUCAGCUGCAGUGAGCUUGCACAUUCAUGAAGGCAUGUUCUACUGGUACACGGAUUCAAAGGAUGGACCUUCCUUCUCAAAGGAAGCAGUUGGAUCCAUUAUGUCUUUUGGUGCGAUUGGCUCUCUCGUGGGCAUACUGCUUUAUCAGAACUUUCUGAAGAACUUCCCUUUCCGGAAUGUAGUCUUCUGGGCACUUUCCCUUUCUGUCCUGUCAGGAUUUCUGGAUUUGAUCCUUGUGCUGCGUAUAAAUCUGAAGCUAGGUGUUCCUGAUUACUUCUUCAUUGUGGUAGAUGAGUUUGUUUCACAUAUGAUCAGUAGAAUCAAGUGGCUACCCUUACUUGUUCUUAGUUCCAAGCUUUGUCCUGCUGGUAUGGAAGGCACUUUCUUUGCUUUGCUCAUGUCUAUUGAACAUGUAGGACACCUGUUGUCUUCAUGGGGUGGAGGAGUAUUGCUACACGCCUUGAAUGUCACACGUACUCAGUUUGAUAAUCUCUGGUUGGUUAUUGUGAUCAGGAGUUUAUUGAGGGUAGUUCCAAUUGGUUUGGUCUUUUUGAUACCAAACGUUGAUCCUAGCUCAACGAUUCUUCCGGCUGAUAUGUUAAGGAACGGAAGAAGUGAAGAUGUGAUCGAAACUGACAAGAUAGAGAUGACUGCUCUGUUAACUAAUGAAGCUUGA